GCCUGCGCAGUGUCAACCAACGGGGGGCAAGCGACUGCCAGUCGAUUUACCGUACCGAAAGACACGGAACGUGUCUCCAACUUUACUUUCAAACUCCCAAAUACAGCUAUUAUAUAAAUAUUUACCAAAAAUCAUCUAUAAACAAUAUAAAAAUUUCCAAGCAGUGAUCACAAAGUGAAAUCAGUUACUGAACGAAACCGCUCAAGCGUAUCCGGGACUGUUUGAAUUUCGAAUUCGGCUACGUUCAUCGACACGGGACACCUAUCAAGUUUUGGAGUUUCGGACGCGAAGUCGUAACGCCGAAUGGAAUUAACGUUAGUUAAUUCCAGAUUUCCACUUACGGAAAGUCGCCUACGUCGUCAACAUAGCGGUACCGUGCGAGGUAUUAAGUAACCGUCGGGUUUUGUAAAGUUUGUGCAGUUUUCUCGUGGUUUUUGGACUCGGAACCGUGUGUAUCCCGUUAGACAUUAGUAUGCGAGUGGACUGUUAGACUAGUGAGUGGAACUCGCCGAGUGGUUGUAGUGCGGUGGUCGGCAGUGUAUGGCGCCAUGAUUAGCGGAGGCUGGGUGUGCGCUCUGCAUGUCCGCACGGCGGGACUGGGGGGCGCCGCUUUAGGCUCCGACGAGGAGGAAGCGGUGUACCUCGCGUAUGUUGUCAUCGAUGUUCUCACCAACCAGGUGAUAGGCGAACGUGAAUAUGCAGUUCGACCAACAAGAAGGCCCUCAGAAGAAUUACAAACAGGCCAGCCAUUGGACGUGGUUGUGCAACAGUUCGACGAGUUCGUGCGGUCUCUACAGGUGGACCCCCACUCCCCCCUCUUCAGGCUCGUCACGGACGGACAGCCACCGCUCAGACAAUGCCUCCACCCAGAAGCGUGCAGCAAAGAACUGGACCUGCCCACAUACUACGCGCGCUUCCACGACCUGCGCAAGGAGUACGUACGGGCUUACACGCUGCGGGCCGUAACGCCGCGCGCGCAGCCCGCGCCGCCUCCACCUGACCAUCCUACGUGUCUACUAGACAUGCUUAACUAUUUAGGUAUAACUCCGUAUGCUGGUGAAAAUUUCUAUGCAUCAGAAGUUAAAGACAUGGCGAGCAUAAUACAAAGGAUAAUAGCUGAUGGUUUUAGAUUAGAACUGCCGGAAACAAUAGAUCUCGUAUUAGAAACUGGAAUUUGCUCAAAAGACGAUGAAAUAGACGGGAACUGUAUAGUGCGAGCGCGCGGUCUCCCCUGGCAAUCAUCAGACCAGGACAUCGCCAAGUUUUUCCGUGGACUCAAUGUCGCUAAGGGCGGAGUAGCUCUGUGCCUCUCUCCGCAGGGCAGGCGCAACGGCGAGGCGCUGGUGCGGUUCAUCUCGCAGGAGCACAGAGACAUGGCGCUCAAGCGACACAAGCACCACAUCGGCCCGCGGUACAUAGAGGUGUACCGGGCGUCAGGGGACGACUACCUGCAGGUAGCGGGCGGCGCCACGUGCGAGGCGGUCGCGUUCCUGUCGCGCGGCGCGCAGGUCAUAGUGAGGAUGCGCGGCCUGCCUUACGACGCCACGCCGCAGCAAGUAUUGGAAUUCUUCUCCACGGGUGACGACCCCGUGAACGUGCUAGACGGUGCUGAAGGGGUUCUAUUCGUGCGACGCGCGGACGGCCGGGCGACUGGGGACGCCUUCGUGCUGUUCGCCAAAGAGGAGGAUUCGCCCAAGGCGCUGUCGAGACAUCGGAAGCUGAUAGGAGCUAGAUACAUCGAGUUGUUUAGAUCUACCACUGCUGAAGUGCAACAGGUGCUUAACCGGUCGCUAGAGACGCGCACGAGUCAAGCCAGCACGCCGUCGACGGCGAGCGCGCCCGCAGAGAGCCUGCUGCCGGUGGCGCUGGUGCCGCAGCACGUCAUCACGUCGGGCACCGCCAAGGACUGCGUGCGGCUGCGGGGGCUGCCGUACGAGGCGCAGGUGGAGCAUAUUUUGACGUUCUUGGACGAGUUUGCACAAAACAUCGUCAUGCAAGGAGUUCACAUGGUAUAUAACGCUCAGGGUCACCCGAGUGGCGAGGCGUUCAUUCAGAUGAACAGCGAGACCAGCGCCUUCCUGUGCGCGCAGCAGAAGCACCAUCGGUACAUGACCUUCGGGAAGAAGCAGCGGUACAUCGAGGUGUUCCAGUGCUCCGGGGACGACAUGAACCUGGUGCUGACCGGCGGCGUGACCCCCGCCACCUCGCCCAAGGUGCUCUCCCCCGGGCCAGUGACGUAUUACUACCCCGCGAUGGGCCCCACGCUGCCGCCGCCGCCCCUGGUGUACUGGGGCUACCCCACGCCGCCGGUGUCCCCCGCGCACUACUACCACGGACCCCAUCACCCGCAGACUAUGAUGCCAGAAGUAGUAUCUGUGGGAGGCGGCUCCCCACUGCCGAUAGCUCCGCCAGCCGCUUGCCCCGAAUGGCCUAUAUUCAUGGUCAACUAACUUAGGAUACGCCCUAAGUGUAAGUUUUCAAGCGAGCGUAGUCUUUACUGCGUAGAAUAAUAGACGAAACACGAACUUUCUAAAACACGGUAUGUAAUUAUAUUUGGCGGGCACUGUUUAUAGUUUUAAGAACGGUAUAAAUCGCCAUUCGCCAUACCUAUGAGUGUAUUCAACUACGAAGUUUUACGUAGCUAAUUGCUAAAAACAUAGUUUUAGUCAAUUUACAUUUUAUUUUAUAUGGACCGGCGUAACCAUUUUUGGCAUACCGAUUUAUAGAGUACUUAGCCAAAGUCUAUAAAUCUGUAGAUACUCUUAUUUCGAUAAUAUUUUAAGAAACAGUAAACUACCAUAUGUUAAUUCAUAUUACUAACACUUUCAUAAAAUUUGAUUCGCCAAGAGCUGUGUUUAUAAAAAAAGUCCUCGGAGGAUUUGGUUCGUCAAUUCUUCAGAAUGAAAAACCAAUUCCUUCACUUUUAAUGGCGGUUUAUGGCGUUUCUGUGAGCUUUGUCGAUUUAAAAAACAGCCACGGAGUUUUUGGUUUGUCAAGUUUUCCGAUUCGUAAAGCUCAUUAGGUGCGUAAAUUAAUGAAUAAUCGAUCUAUUCAUUAAAUCGGUUAGCAAUUUCUAAUUAAUAAUGUAAGCUGGCUUACAAGUUGUAACAGAAAUAGGUUGUCCCGUAAUUAAUAGAUCAAACGCAAUUAUUAUACUAACAUGAUCAAAUUUGACAAUACUAACAUGAUCAAAUUUGACAAAAUCUGUAAGGUACGAGUGGGUCCAGUCUUAAAUCAAUGUUUUUGGCAUGCUGUAGCUGCUUUAAUUGAUAUUUAUUAAGAUCUGAUUUUUUUUUAAUUUCUUUACAGGAUAUUUUAAACCAUGUUAUUGAAAGAAAAAUAAGUAUUGCACUCAAAAGCUUAUACAGAAUACACUGGUGAUUCAAUCUUUAAUAUUUAACAAUAAUAAUCAGCAGCUAAAUACAGCAUUGAAAACACAGAGUCCAGAAAAAAAAUUGAAAACCAAAAAAAAUGCAAUUUGGUCACCCUAUGGUUUUUUUUUAAACUAAUCGAAUUAUUUUUAGUAAUUAGGUGACGUAACAGCCACUUGCGUUUAAUCUAUUAAUUACGAAACAACCUAUAAAUAUUAACAUUAUAUUUGUAUGAUAUUACAUUUACAUGUACCAAAAUUUAUUUGUUUUGCUUACAGCAAAAUUAACGUGCUUUGAAAUAAAAUUUAUAUAAUUACUAUUUAGUAUAAUUGUAAACGAAGAAUUUGUUAAUCUUUAUUAUACUACUAGCUGACGCCGCGCGGUUUCACUCGCGUGGUUCCCGUUCCCGUUAAUUUAGUAUAAUUAUUAUUUUAAGAUUUUUAAUAGUUGACUAAUAUAUUACUAUAUUCUAUAAACUUAAUGGUACAAAUCGAAAAUCUUCUAGCAUCACUUGCCAAUGUAAUCGCGAAUUAACGUUUGUAGUCGCGUCACGAUAAAAAGAGCACACAUACAAUAAAUGAACUUGCAUGCAUGCUAAUAAGUCUAAAACUUGAUAAAUGUAAUCUAUGUACUAACAUUAAAAACUAUGCUCUUUUUACGUGGCACCUACAAAAUCAAUUUAAAUGGCUCAAAUGACGUGAUAUUAUAAUAUAUGUCAAUAAGUAAAUUUAGUUUUAAAUGAAUUAGUUGAUAUAUUUAAUAUAAUAUGUAUAAUUAAAAUGUGCAUAGGUGAUAACAUGCACGUAAUAAAUGUUGUAGAAUUCGGAUUAACCACUUAUUUUUUAUCGUAAAAUUUAUGAAGAAAAUCAAUAUAUGAAAAUUAAUAUAUGUACCUCCAGAGACUCGAAACAUAAUUUAGUCGCUUGUGUGUUGAUAUAUUAUUUAUAUCUCUAAAUUAUUUAUACAUCCUCAACACAUCCACGUACUUGUUACGUUGGCUAUCAACUAACGCAUGAUAUCAGAGGUACAACAUGAAAAUAAUUUAGAUAUAAAUUGUAUAAAUCGUGGUCAUUGUUAUAAGGUUUAAGGAUAAUUAUGAUAUUCCGGAUAAUUCAGGCAUUAAAUAUUUCUCCUUACUUACCUAAGAUUCGCUUAGUUAGAAUAUUAUUGAAUAAUAAGUCCAAUCUAUACUUACAAUUUUUACAAUGUUAAUGCGUAUUUAGACUUUGUCAUCUGUUGUGUUUUGUAUACAAUUUAAAACGUCUAUUCUAAUUUUUAAUUAUAUUUUAUACUUCGUUGAAUUUCUUUAUAUUAAACAAGGAUUUAUAAAAAAAAAACACAAAAAAUUAUAAUAAUAUAUUAAGUAAUUGAAGAAUAAAUUUAGCAAAAUUUAUUAUAAAGUAAUAUAUUUUAUGAAAUAACUUUAAGCUGAUGUUCGGUGCUAUGCGCUCGUUUGAAUUUAUAAAAUAUAGUCAAAUUUAAAAGCGAUUUGCUGUUAGUUACUUAGUUCCGUAUGUGGUAUAAAUAUUAUAACAUAAUAUAAAGGACGCUAAUAGUUCUACUGCACGGCUGUUAUUUUUAUAAUAUUUUGUAAAUGUUUUAAUUAUAUGCUAAUUUAUGUUUAUGUGUGAGUCUGAGUGAGUGAUUUACUAAUUACAUACAAUAUACAUAUCAGUCCUUCAGGCGGUAUUUAUGGCUUAAAUACCGCCUCUUAGCCGUCCAAAUGUUGCCUUACAGAGUUCGGUGCUAAGCGAUAAGGCCGCCUUUUAUACUACUAUAUUACAUACCACAGGUAUUUACAUUUACAGUAUACAUACUACGGCACCAAUACAAUCCAAAACUACUGUUAGCGUUCUUUUUAUUUGACCCAUAAUAUACCCAAUUCUUAACAUCGAAAUACAUUUUUUCGAUAUAUAUUUUAAACAUUUAGUAAAUAUAAUCAAAUAUACGCUCAAUUAAUUAAUUCAAUGAAUUUAAAAGUUCCUUGUGUAAACGAUAAUAAUAAAUUAAUUAUAAUAUAUUUUUAUCAAAGAGCUCAAUAACAGUUUUUUAGUCUUGAAAUAUUUACUUAAAAUUUGAGACUUCUAUAUAUUUUGUAAAAUAAAAGUUAGUAGGGCAUAAAAUAUAAACAUAUCCCUCUGCGUGUCAAAACGGUUUAAGUUAACUGAAUGCAAGACAUUUGCUGUUUAAAUUAUUAUGAAAAUAGGGUCAUUAUAGACUUAAUCGUCUUUAGCAACUGAUUAAUUUUUGACGAAAAAAUUAAGCAAAAAAUCUAAAAGAACACGCUUUUCUUAAAUUCUUCAGUUUAUCUUAGCCGGUUGAAAAACAGUGAUAAAUGAAAAGGUGCUGAUUUAUUCAGUUUUUAGCGAAAACCAAAUAAAUUACUUGUUGUUAAUUGUUUUUCGUCGUAGAGUAAGAAAUCGCUCAACUAGAAUAGAUAUUAGUUUGUAGAAUAAGCUACAGCAAAUAGAAUUAGGUUACUACUAGACGCCUACAUAUAUCGACUAUAACUACAUGUCUUUUUGUCUCUUUAUUCGGGGCUAAAAAGUUUACCAAAAUUCGGGAAUAAUAUUUAUGUCAAAAUUAAAUCGAGGCAAGCUGUGAAAUAAAUAGACCAAUCAACUAAAUAUUCUAAGGAAAAUAAGUAAAAUAAGUUAGUAAAAUUUAAGAAAUGAGUAUUUUAAUCAGAAAUAGAGCUAAGAAUAAAAAAAAAUUCAUAAAUCAAAAUUAAAAUAAAUCAAUUUUUUUUUAAUGUACCUACGUAAUUUUCUCAUGAUCAUAUAGAGUGAUAUGUCCGGUUCGGCGUUACUGGUCAGUAUCAAUUUAAUUUUGAAAACCGCCUAAUUAGAUCCAUAUAUAGCUCGGGACCAUAGAUACCAGUGGAGUAACUAAACCUGCCACGGACUCCGAGCUCAAAGGGGUUCCCAACUUGCAACAGUUAAGAAGUCAUUUAAAAUUUAAAAAAAAAUACACCAUGACUUUUUCUGGCUGGAGUUACGCCAGAUAAUUCAAUUUAUAAAUAGUAAUUUUAUUUAAAUAUAUUUCACUUAAAAAGAUCACCAAUCUCAUUAAAUAUAAAAAAAUAGAAUAAUAACAAAUAGUUCUGCCCUAUAGCUUUUACAGGAUAAAGUAUUUAAUUACGUAGAAUAUAGAUAAGUGCUUAAUCAUCGGCAUAAUAUUAAAAUUAGUUUUAAAAUUAAUUAAAUUUAUAAGAAAUAAAAAACAGCAAAAUCUAAACGUCUUCCGUUGAUGUAAUUUUUCAAUUUAAGUAAGAUGUCAUUUGUUUUUUAAGUUUAGCGUUAUCAGCAUUAAAUGAUUUUUAACGUACCCAUAGAUGUUGCUCUGGAUCAAUAUUCAAUAUUGAAAUUUUGGUUUUAUAGUAUAUUUCUUAUUUCUUAUGCGUAUUAAAUGAUGUAAGUACAAUAUUAAAUUAAUUCAAUUUUAUAAAUUAAUUGAAAUUAUAAAAAAAAAGAAUUAAAAAUAUUAUAUACAAUUCUCAUUAUUCGCUAAUUUUCUGAAUUUUUUAUCACCACUUCAUUAGAUUAAUAUCUUUUUUUAAAGUUAAUAUAAGCAAUAAUAGUAAAUUAAGUGCCUUACUUUAAACCAUGGUCAGUUUUAGAGUUAUAUUUAAUGACUAUCUACUCUAGCUAAUGACUAUAUUAUAUAAAACACCUGUUUUUUUUUAAUAGGGAAUCGGACAACUUUAAAAAAAAAAUUAAAAAUAUUGUGACGUUAUUUGUAGUUUUUAUACUCUCUGGAGCUUACAAUUACAUACAACUGACGUCAUGCGUUGUGAUAGCGUUUUGUUUGGAGGAGAUAAUAAAUGAAAAAUAUAUUGAAAUUAUUCAAUAUAUAAUUUUUCUACAAUGUAUAAAUUACAUUUCAAGAACAUCAAUUUAGUAAUUUGCUGUCUUGUAAAUGGUAUUUAUAAAUUUUAGAUUUUUAUUAUUACUGUCCGAUUGCCUAUUUGUGUUACGUGAGACAAAAUAUUAGGGUGAGUCCACACUAUGAUAUAUAUCAUGUUCAAUACCUAUACAUAGUUAUUGUAGCAGAUUUGUUAUCAUAAUGUUAUAGUAAAAUAUUAGUUUUAUGAAAUGUUAUUUCUUAAUUUGGACUUACCUUUGUAAAACAUCAAACCACGUUUUACUAUGUCGCCAAUUGCUGAAUAAAUAUAUAAGUAGCUAUAAGAAAAAUAUUUAACUUUAAAAAUGUUGCCACAGUGAAAUAUCACAGUCCAAUUUUAAAAAGUUGAAUUUAAAGUUCUUUUUAAGUGAGUUUUGUCCAUGACUUCAAAAACAAUCAUGACUACCAUAAAUGUAGUUUAGUUUUUUCUAUGGAAACAACAAAGAAAUCGUUGGUUUUUGUUAUAUUUCUAUUUUUAUAAUAAUAUUAAAAAUGUUUUCGUUUUAUUACUAGUUAAUUAUUAUUAUUAAUUAUUAUAGCAAUCAGGAAGUGAAUCUGAUUUAAUGUAUUUAAUAUUUAUUUACUAUUAAAUUGUAAAUUAAUAUAUUGUUUUGUAUACUUUUGUUAGUUUUUCAUGAAAUCACAUUAAUUUGUGUCGUUUUCAACACAUUCCGCUUUUCGGUGCCCUUUGCCCUUAGCUUAGCUUCGUUGAGCUAUGUCAGUGAAUUUGGUUCUUCUGCGGAUCUCCUCAUUUCUGAUUCGAUCACGCAGCGACACUCCAAGCAUAGAUCGCUCCAUCGCCCGCUGAGUGACUUGAGCCUUUUUGAAAGGGCUACAGUUGCGACCAGGUCUUGGAUAUCCAUAGGUCAUCAUUGGCAACACGUACUGUUCGAAGACUUUCGUCUUCAGACACAGAAAUUUUGGAGGAAAAGGUGUCGCGGAGUUUCUCGUAUUCUGCCUAACCGAGUUGGAUGCGGCGGUUUACCUCCUCAAAAUUUGACCUACCUAACUGAACUGUGUCCUAGGUAUAUAACUCGUCAACAAUUUCGAACGUAGAGUCCUCAGUGAUCUUUGUCUUACUCAUGUUUAUUUUAAGACCCACCUGUUGAGGUCAUUGAGCAUAGUAAUUGUAGGACAUCCAGAAUUUCAGAGUGGCCUUGACAACCACAUCGUCGGCAAAUUGCAGUUGAACGAUGUAGGUACUUGCCAUUGAUGUUGAUGCCAAUUCUGUUCCAGUCCGUAGAUUAUUACAUUUAAAAUAAUAAUAUUUUGUUAAUGUGAUUUCAUUAGAAAAUAUGUAAAAUUGUUACCUACGAAGUUUAUUUUAUGUUGAGUUGGACGAACAUGUCAAAAAUAUUUUUAGUAUAAUUGUCUUACCACACUUAAUUAAACUUUAUUCUGCUAAUAACAAGAUCUCGUUAAGAAAACAGAAGUUAUGGUCUAAGAGCCGGCAUUUGAAAUAUAUACCCUCAUCUGUUAUUUAUUAGUGAUAUGAAAUAAAUGAUAAUACUCAUAUUCACACAGUGUCAUUGCAAAUAGGUUGCCUUUACUAACGCCAUGCUCGAUAACUAGCGAUUUACCCUCAUUUUUAAUUUGUUGGUAAACAGUGCACAUCGAGUAUGGCAAAAGAAUCGGUAAAUUGCGGCCAGACACAUUUAUUAUACAAAAUCUAGAAAACCAUGAACUAGACCAUCAAAGGCUAUAUAAAAUAUGAGGUUAUAUAAAUACCAUGACUCAACUGUUUAUACAUGGCAACCUUUAUUCUCCUUCCGUCAUUGGUUAUGGGGAACGAGAUUAAAUAAAUUUAAGAAAAAAAUAAUUUAAUAAUAUCCUUAGUAUACUACUAUGUGCAAUGUGUCAAUAUGAUUCAAUUCAAUUCAAUUAAUUUAUUUGCAAUUGUACAGUUACAUUAGCUGGUAUACAAUAAAUGUUGAAGUAGGUAUAAUGCCAGUAUAGUUACUGGCAUGAAAAAAUCAUUAUACUGGCAUGGAAAUUACUUAAAACACUAUCUAAAUAAUUGAAUAUAGAAAAUAUUCAAUUAUUUAGAUAGUGUUUUAAGAAAUUUAUCAUUUACUUAUCCCAAAUAAAUAACAGAUGAGGGUAUAUAUUUGUUAUGCCGGCUCUUGUACUACGCGUAAGCCCGUAACCCAGUUGAAUGAACGACCACCAAACUUGGUACCUAUAGUUAGUGUGGUUUAGACCUUAUGUUUAAUGUAGUCGAUAUAGAAUGUGCAAUGUUUAGAAAUUAGUAAUUUGAUGUUUAAUGCCAAAACAAUUUUGGUUAAUUAAUUAUCAUACUAAGUAGUGAAUUGUUCCAAUAAAUUAAUUAAUUUUA